AUGGGGUUCGAAGGGGAACAAUCUGGGGAUCGUGGCAGUGAUCAGAGGGAAUUGUACUGGGAGGAAGACAUAGAAUCAGAGGAGGAUCCCAAUGCCUAUCCCCCUUAUUGCAAUUAUGAGCUGAAGGACUCUGUGAAUAUGUCUCUGGAUUCAGACACGGCUCAUCCCGACCUCGUCCUGUCAGAGGAUCAGAAAAGUGUGAGAUGUGGACAUGCACGGCAGGAUCUGCUCAACAACCCUGAGAGAUUUGACACUGAGCUCUGUGUGCUGGGCUGUGAGGGCUUCACCUCAGGGAGACAUUCCUGGGAAGUGGAGGUCGGAGAUAGGGGAUCCUGGUCUGUGGGGGUGGCCAGAGAGUCUGUGAGGAGGAAGAGAUGGAUCAGCCUUAAUCCUGAGGAGGGGAUCUGGGCUGUGGAGUGGUGCUGGUGGGGUCAGUUCUGGGCUCUCACCUCCCCUGUGACCCCCCUGCCCCUGAGCCGGGAGCCCAAGAGGAUCCGGGUUUGUCUGGACUGUAAAAGGGGGCAGGUGACAUUUUUUGAUGCUGGUAACGAGGCCCCAAUCUUCACUUUCCCUUUGGCCUCAGUCCCUGGGGAGAGAAUCCACCCCUGGCUCCGGGUAGGGGCAGGAGCUCAGCUCAGACUGUGUCCCUGA